CAGGGCAUGGUUUUAGAGAUGGCUCAGAGUCAAAAUUCUACCCUGAGGCAGUAUCAAGGAUGUGUUAAUUUGGGUCUGAGUGGAGAGGGCAGAAGAGACCUGAGUAGCCAAAUGUGUGGCUCUGGGCUGAAAUGCCAACUCUGGUGCUGUGUGACCCGGGACAAGAGACUUGCCGUCUCUGAGUCUUCGUUUUCUCACCCAUUGGUGAGAUUGGGUGAUAACAAGGUUGCUGGGGGCUCAGGGUAGCAUGGGAACAGAGCGGGUCCUGUCUUUUAUUCACUCGUCACUCUUCUAUUUCUGUUUCCUUCCAGUGGAGCUGGCCUGAACCUUGGACCUUGUCUUCCAACAGACUCGGUAUCUCAGGAGGUGCUGAUCAUGGCCUCCAAGACCGAGAAGAGAGUGGCCUCUUCUGUUUUUAUCACCCUGGCACCCCCACGCCGUGACGUGGCUGUGACUGAGGAAGUGGGCCAGGCAGUUUGUGAAGCCCGACACGCUCGGCCCUGGGAGACCCUCGCUCCCGUGAAGACCCCUGGGACUGGCUUGAGCAGGAACCCCAACACCUGGACACCCUCUGGCAGGGCCACUGCCUCGCUCCCCGCAGCCCCACCCCAGCUCUCCAAUGGAGGAUGCCCUCCCCCGCCUCCUUCCCUGAAUGAUGAGGACAUAGACUUCUUCCCGCCUCCCCCACCGCCCCCUUCGGCCUACCUGCCUCUCCCAGAAGAUGAGCCUUCUGCCCUGACUGGGACAUCGCUCAUUUCUGACUUGGAGCAACUACACCUGCCCCCGCCCCCACCUCUGCCUCUAACACAGGCUCUCCCAAAGGAAUCUUCUGUCCGGCCUCGGCCCAGUGACCUCAGGCCCUCAAAAGAGGAGCUACCCCCUCCUCCAGAAGAACCUGUCACCCUUCCAGAGAGAGAGGCCUCCACAGAUGUCUGCGGCUUCUGUCACAAGCCUGUGUCCCCUCGAGAGCUGGCUGUCGAGGCCAUGAAGAGGCAGUACCAUGCCGAGUGCUUCACCUGCCGCACUUGCCGCCGCCAGCUCGCUGGGCAGAGAUUCUAUCAGAAGGACGGGCGCCCCCUGUGCGAGUCCUGCUACGAGGACACUCUGGAGAAGUGCGGCAAGUGUGGAGAGGUGGUCCGAGACAACGUCAUCCGCGCCAUGGACAAGGCCUUCCACCCACCCUGCUUCACCUGUGUUACCUGUGCCCGGUGCAUCGGGGAUGAGAGAUUCGCAUUGGACAACCAGAACCAGGUGUACUGCGUGACUGACUUCUACAGGAAAUUUGCCCCCGUGUGCAGCGCCUGUGAGAAUCCCAUCAUCCCUAGCGACGGGAAGGAUGCCUACAAAAUUGAGUGCAUGGGUAGGAACUUCCACGAAAACUGUUACCGUUGUGAGGACUGCAGGGUCCUCCUGUCUGUGGAGCCCACCGACCAAGGCUGCUACCCGCUGAAUGACCACCUCUUCUGCAAGCCUUGCCACAUCAAGCGGAGUGCUGCUGGGUGCUGCUGAGAAGCCCUGUGGCCGGCCCGUCCCUGACUUGGUUUCCCUGCUUAACUUCCCUGCAUCUGUUCCUUUCGAGCCUCACGGCACCAGCACACUGCUGAGCCCACACUGUCUAGACACAAGGGCCCGAGACACAGGGUCUUGGUCUCCUGGUACACCGCACCCCCCAGACUUUCAACUCCUCCUCCACUGACCAGAAGGCCCCUCACUACAAGACUGGGACCCUGGCUGCUCUCUGGUGCUGGCCCUGACCUCUUUGUGGGGACGGAUCUCAGGAUGAUGCCCUUGUCUCUGACCAUGAUGCUUAGCUCCCUAGCAGAAAGUGCUGAGAUCAGCUUAGUGUGUUGAACCAAGGUGUUUGUUUGAAGUGUGCCUGCCCAGUUACUGUAGAAAGUGUAUUUUGAAAAUUAAGAAAUUUAUGCUGGGGCAUCAAUUUAAAUUGAUGCAAAGGCAGGAGGAUCUCUGUGAGUUCGAGACCAGCCUGGUCUACCAGGUUAGUUUCAGGGCAGCCAAAGCUACACAACAAAACCCUGUCUCAAAAAAAGAAAAGGAAAAGAGUGUAGCUUGGUGGCUGCAGAGUACCUGCUGCUCUUGUGAAGGACCAGGGUUCACUUCCCAGCAUCUACAUGGAUCCUCAUAAGUGCUUGAUAUAUAACUCCAAUUUCAGAAGAUACAGUGCCCUCUACUGGCCUCCUCAGGCACUUGCAUGCAUGUGCUGCAUAUACACUCGAGCGCACACACACAAGUCUUAAUCAGGUGUAGUGGUGCAUGCCUUUAAUCCCAGUACUUGGGAAGCAAAGGCAGGCAAUUUCUGUAUUUGAAGGCAGCCAAGGCUACACAGAGAAAUGCUGUAUUUUUUUUUUAAGUAGAUGGAUUUGGCAGUUCCCAUCUAUGAUCCUAGUGCUUGGGAGAACUACACGAAGCUUGAGCCCUGCCAGGUCUUCAUAGAAUUCCAGAUCAGCCUUGGCUGCAUUCAGAGACUGUGUCUCAAAGGAAAAAAAAAAGAAAGGAAAGAAAGAAAGAAAGAAAGAAAGAGAG